AUGAGACUUCUUGAGAAAAUUAUAUCAGCUGCCAAGAUAUUUUUCGGGUUCAAUAUGGACAACGAGACCACCAAGGGCCAGAUUGACCUGCCCGUGGAAGCUGGCGGGGUCACAAAACUGAUAAAGUUACUGGGAUUGGGCACGACAUAUCAACAAACGCCAACAGAUAGCAAAAACGAUGUGAGAUCUAAUGAGGUUGAAGAUGAUUAUGGGGUCCCAAGGUAUUUCCGACCCCCGGAUGAUUCAGAUGCUACCAAAUCCACAGCUGAGGAGUUGGAACAGAUAACAUUACAUUCGGAACUUCCGAAACGGAAGGUAUACCUGGGCAUGGGGUUAACCCCGGAGCUUAAGGAGAUAAUACUUGCAUACUUUAGAGAUAAAAAUGAUUGUUUUGCUUGGUCCCAUAAGGAUAUGAAAGAUAUUCUGUUGGACGUAGCAACUCACAAGCUUGGACUAGACCUCAGCUUUCCGUCGGUGUGCCGACAGAAGCAUCCCAUAGCAGAAGUCUGCAAAAGGUUUGUUAAAGAAGAGAUAGCUCGCCUGUUAAAUAAUGGGUCCAUACGAGAAGUCAAAUACCCGGACUGGCUCGUAAUUAUGGUUAUUGUACAGAAAAAGGGUAAUAAAUUAAGGAUGUGUAUAGACUUUAAAGAUCUGAAUAAAGCAUGCCCGAAGGAUUCAUUUCAGCUGUCGAGUAUCAAUCAAAUGAUCGACGCUAUGGCUGGACAUGAGGUUAAAGAAUGCUGGAGCCACCUAUCAGAGGCUCGUGAAUAA